UAUAAACCUCAUCUUCCAACUUUUCCAAUAUCCACUUAUAUAUCCAAUUAAAGAUCAAUUCCCUGUAUCCCCCUUCUCCAAAAAAAAAACUCUGCUGUAAUUAAUAAUUAUGGCUUCUACUUUGUUCUCUGCACCAACAUUUCAAGGUCUAAGACCUCUUAACAAACCAACUGAUUCUUGUGUUAUUCUCAACAAUAAGGCCAAUUCCUACAAACCCAUGAAGAAAAGAUGCAAUCUUGGUGUUAAAGCUGAGCUCAACACAUCUCUUGUUAUUAGCUUGAGCACAGGACUAUCACUUUUCUUGGGAAGAUUUGUUUUCUUCAAUUUCCAAAGAGAGAAUGUGGCCAAACAAGGGUUGCCUAAGCAAAAUGGAAUUAGCCAUUUUGAAGCUGGUGAUUCCAGAGCCAAAGAAUAUGUUAGUUUGCUAAAAUCUAAUGAUCCUGUUGGUUUCAACAUUGUUGAUGUUCUUGCUUGGGGCUCAAUUGGUCAUAUUGUUGCUUAUUAUAUUCUUGCCACUUCUAGCAAUGGAUAUGAUCCUAAGUUCUUUGGUUGAAAGAGAAAAGAGCCUUCUUGUUGAUUUCUCUUUCCUUGUUUGUAAUGCAGUAGCUUAUGCUUGUAUAGUGGUAAAUUAUGAGUAAAACCUUCAUUUCUUUGUUCAUGGUUCAA